GGGACGAGGACAGGAACAGAGGCCCGUUUCAGGGCCCCUGGGGCUGAGCGUGAGGGCAGGAGGACGGGGAGGCUCCAGCACCGCCUGGCUUCUCCUGCUCGGAUCUCCGCACUGGAUCGCCUGAUAUUUCCAACUCACGAGAUUCUGGGAUUUUGUAAAUUAUUAUUAUUUUAUGUCAAGAGGAUUUCAGUGGGACCUGCUGUUUGACGGACUGACGCACGGGCGCGGUUGCUGAAGGAGAGGUGGCGAUCUCUUGCCCUGUCUGCUCUUCUCUGCUGAGGGGAGACUCAGCGGUCUGGUCCACAUGAACCUUGACCCUUUCAGCACUCGAACGUCUGACAUGAUUCGUGGCGUGGUGGUUUUCUUUUUCCUCACACAAGCCCUCGGGGCUGAGAUGGGGACCACAGACAAUCUGAAAGAAAUAGUCAUCGGACGCUGCUACAACUACGUGACUCUGGUUCAACCCAAUUCCAGGUAUGACUGUGAGGAAAUCUGGAGAGAGUUCCAGGAGGCGGUGUUGAGGAGGACAUCAUGCAAUGUGGCAGUGAGGGACUACCAAAGAAUGUUCCAUACCAUGCCACAGGCCCUGCCCUGUGAUAGGCUGCUGUUCUGGAGCAAAACCCACAAGCUUGUCCACAGCUACUCCGCGGUCACCCGCCAUUUCUGGACCCUGGAAGACACGCUUGCGGGCUACCUGUUCAACGACCUCGUCUGGUGUGGGCAGGACCACGGGGACCGAGGGUUCAAUUUUAGUUCCUGCCCAAUGUGGUCAACCUGUGUGAACCAUCCUGUGUAUUCCCUGUGGAAGCAAGCUUCAAAAAAUUUUGCCGCCUUGGCGUGUGGGAACAUAACCGUCCUGCUCAACGGAUCCGUCCCAAACUCCUUCAGCCGGGACAGCAUGUUUGGAAGCGUGGAGCUGGACAACCUGAACCCUCGCAUGGUGAACCAUGUCAACAUCAAGGUGGUGGCCAACCUGGAGGGCCCCUUCCUGGAAUCAUGCUCACAGGGCUCUGUCCUGGACCUGAUAAAAAUCCUGAGUCGUCGAGGAUUCCGCUGGACCUGCAGUGACAGCGAUGUUACCCUGAAGAUUCUCCAGUGCAUGCAGAACCCCAGGCAGUCCUCCUGCCAGACAUGCAGCAAUAGCCUGCUGCGUGGACACUGAGAGCAUGGAGAGAGCGCCCUCUACAGGAACGGAGGCCACAAACAGCACGUUUUUCACACAGUGAAUUUGUGACAGAUGUAUAUAUA